AUGUAUAAUAAUAAUAAUAAUAAUAAUAUAAAAAAAGAAGAUGAAACUUCAACUUCAUCAACUUCAACAACCAACAAUACUUCUUCUUCUACUACUACAACAACAGAUAUAAAUAGUACAGUAUAUCCAAUUUAUUUAUCAAAUACAACCAAAACAUGGAAUAUAGCAAAGUUUACAUCAAAGGUUGACUUUAAUGACUUUGUCAAACCUGUAAAGAUGUACAAGAAUACAAAAAAUGAUACAAACGAUGGUUCUGAUAAUGCGGUAAAGACAGAGACCAACAACAAUGGAACAGACAACAAAUCAAAUAAUUUGGUAAAGACAGAAACUAUUGGAACCACAACAACAUCGACAACCUCUACAACAUCCUCUGCCAAUGGAGCACCAGCCAUUGUAGCUCCAAUGAGAACGAAAAAGAGAGCAGAGGCAAGACCAAAGAUGGUCAAUCCAAAGACGAUUCCUUGGCGUCUUGAAGACAGUGAGGGCAGCCACGCCUUUCAAGGCAUGAUCGAGGGUAACCAGUCGUCGUCCUACUUUUUGUUUAUGUUUACGAGCAACAAUACCAUCACGGCUGUGCCUUGCACCGACUGGUACACAUUUAGACUGCGCAAAGACAUUGAAGCAUACACGACCGAAGAGGCCGAGGAGAUCAUGUCCAAGAAUGCGCGUGACAGAGACGCAGCCGUGGCUAGAAUAUCGAAAAAGGGUGCUGCCCCGGGUGCCGAGGGUGGUGAUGGUGUGGCCGGGCCAAGCGGCGACAAAAAGGACGAAGACAAAGAGUACCGCAAGGAAAUGUACGAAGACGAGGAUCGCUUCAAAGAGUACCAGACGGGCACUGCCGCCGACGAGAAAAAGAAGCAACAACAGCUGCAACAACAACGUCGCCGAAACCGCUCCAAUGACGAGGAAGGUGGCGGCGGUGAAGACGAAGAUGCACCCGACUUUGAAGGACGAUUCGACGAUGAUGACGAGGCAUUUGAGGAUAAUGACCUCAUGGCCGACGACGGACCACUCGAAGACGAAGAGGAAGAUGACAGCAACCUGACUGCCACUGGUCUCGAGAUGAAAAAGCUCAUCAACAAUAUGAAGGUCAAACAAGAAGACAGCGAUGAAGAUGAAGAGUCUGCACCCGACGAUGACGACGAUGACGAUGAGGAUCCCGAUGAAGACGAUUUCACACUUACCAAGGCACAAUUGAUUGGUCGGUAUCCUCGUAAUGUCACUACAGCAGCAGACAAGGACAAUAACAAAUCAUCACCACAUACUUCCAAUCCACCAUCACCAUCACAAACUACAACCAUUAGUACACCAGCACCCAAAAAGUCUUCUAAAAAGGCUGCUGCCAGUACACCAACCAACAAUGGUACCAAAAAGAUUGGAUCACCACCAGGUGAAUCCAAAGCAACUGGUAAAAGAAAGGAAACAUCCUCUCCAACCAGUCCCAAUACUGCAACGGCUACUGCCGCUGCCUCUGCCGCUAGCAAGGUAGUGAAAAAGGUAAAACAAGAACCAACUUCACCAUCCAAUUCACCACCAAAUUCACCACCAACAGCUUCAGGUGCCGUAGAUGAACUCACAGAAGUAGCAAUGAGACGUGUACUAGCAGAAAGAAAAAAGAUCAAAACAAUCGAUUUCAUUCAAAUCUUUAAACAACAUCUCAAAACCAACGAAUCAAAGAAAUUAUUUUCAAGUUUAUUAAAUCGUUUGGCUCAUGUUGUUGAAGAAGGUGGUAAUAAAUAUUUGGUUCCAAACAACUAA